GGAGCCGCAGCAGAGGCUGCACGAGCGAUGCCGCCCACGGUGGCCGCGCGCUUCGCAGCAGCUGCAGCAGCCGCAGCUUCCAGCAUUGCAUAGACUGGACGUGGUUCAGGCUAUGAUUUGUGGGGCUUUUGUCACUACGCCUGGCUUGUGAUGUGCUUCGGGGUGUGGCCGGUGAGGCAGGCUGUGUCGGCGCCUUUUGGAUACUAUGCUUUGGACUAGGUUGCGGUCUCUCUCUUUUAGGAACUGGGGUAGCCUGCGUGCUCCUUGCUGGGAACUUGGUGAUGGUCGCUCGCCAUCCUCAUGUUGCUCGACCCUCUUUAUGGCCUGAGCUUGAGUUUCUUGGAGGGCUGCGGCACAGGGCAGGAGGAGUGGCGAAUUUGCACCCGACAUGGCUUUACCACCCCCACCCACCCCAAUUUUGUGGGAUGAUUUGGGGAGCGAGUCCUUUUCCCGACCUGCUGCUGUUUUUAGAUCAUGGACCUUUGAAAGGUUGUUCCCUGAUUCGGAAUUCUGUGACAUUUUUACAGAUGGGUCAAGGUCUGUUCGGGGUGACAAAGUAUCAGCAGCAUUUGUUAUACUGAUAGAAAAGGGUUUUAGAUUGUCCAGUGGAAUUAGCAUAAUGUCUGCAAAAUUAACAGCAAUUCUUUUGGCCUCGGAAUGGAAUCAAGAUAUGCGUCCUGGGGUUUUUGUAAUUUUUUCUGAUUCCCUUUCAGGUUUACAGGCCAUUCAGGCAGGUGGCUUUAUUAAUAAAGCCCCGGUGAUUUCGGAAAUUUGGAACCUGAAUAACAUUUUACUUUCCAGGGGCUUUACUAUCAGAUUGUUGGGUUCGGUCUCAUGUUGGAAUUUUUGGGAACGAGCUCGCUGAUUCAGUAGCAAAACAAUCGCUGGAUCGUUUCUGCAGAUUGUGAGGUUCCCUUGAAUAAUAUGGAAGUUAGAAACUGAGUUUUAUGGGAGAUGAGGAGUUUGUGGCAGGUGGGGUGGGAUAAAGAUCUUACAGGUUGAAGAGUGUAUUCCUUUUGUCAAAAGUUGAGCAAUUUUUGACUUUUUAGUUUUUCGGGAAGAACUUGUCAAGUUUCUCUUUUAAGAACAUUGACAGGACAUUGUUCUACCAAGGAUAAGUCGUAUCUCCUUGGCAAAUCUGAAGACAGCCUAUGCCCUCUGUGUGGAGUGACUGAAACGACUGAUCAUCUUUUAUGGGACUGUGUUCAAUUUUGUGAUGAGCAUGAGCUCUUUUUUCAUCUCUAUGCUCUGUUAAUUUCCCUAUUGGAUCGCUUCAGGAAUUUUGCCAGAAUUGGAUGGCAGCCAAGCACCUUUUGCGGAACUUUCUCAAAUCCUCGCGUCUCUUCGAGCACUUAUAGUUCUUGUUUUCCUGUGGAUUUCCAGUAGGUGGCGUUGGUGGGACCUUAUGGUCCUGGUACGCCAUGGACUCCUACAAGGAGCAGCACCACCGCCGCCACCGUUGGCUGCCCACGGCCCCAUGGCGGCAGGACAGAGCCGGAGGUGGCAGAGUCUUCAACGCUGGCCUAGCCCGGCAGCGCCCCCCAUGUAUGCGUGGGGUGAACUGCUCCCUCCCUCCCUCCCUCCCUCCGAGUCGUCUCCUUCGCCCACACUCCUGCUGCUGCUGCAAACCGUGGCCGCCCCCGGCUGGGCCAUCUUUGCCUCCAAGGAGCCUUCCCCUUGGAGCCUUCCCCAUGCACACCACACCCCCGCUCAUCCAUGCACCCCACAACCACAUCUGCAUUCCUGGCACUAGGAGAGGAGCCCGCCAGCCAGCCAGAGGUUCCCUCACCCACCCACCCACCCCGCAUGCACUGGCAGCAGAUCCUGCUCAUUCUUAUGAUGGGGGUGUGUGUCAACUGCUGUGCAUAAGGACAGCCCUGCUGCUGGAUCAGGCCCAAGGAGGAGGCCCAUCUAGUCCUGUUUUACACAGUGGCCCACCAGAUGCCGCUGCUGGAAGCCACAGGCAGGAGUUGAAAGGGGCCGGCCCUCUCUCCUGCUGUUGCUCCCCUGCAACUGGUACUCAGAGGCAUCCUGCCUUGGAGGCUGGAGGUGGCCUGUAGCCCUCUGACUAGUAGCCGUUGAUAGACCUCUUCUCCAUGAAGUCAUCCAAACCCCUCUUAAAGCCAUCCAGGUUGUUGGCUGUCACCACAUCUUGUGGCAGAGAAUUCCACAAGUUGAUGAUGCGUUGUGUGAAAAAGUGCUUCCAUUGGUUGGACCUAAGUUUCCUGGCAAUCUGUGGGGGCAAAGUGGGCACAGCUGCUCUCCACUUGCCGCCGCCGCCGCCAUGGUCCUUGCCUAACUCCCAGCUGCAGGCACCGUUUUGGACUCUGUGACCUGGGCAUCCUCUCUCUGUCUCCCAAGACUCGGCUGCUGCAGGACCUGCAGGCUGUGUGGCAAUGGUGUGCCUUCCAUGGACGACAUGAGCAUAAGAAUCCCCUCCCCAGUUCUGAUAUUUAAAAGCAGCUCAGCCAAUCGCCAGCUUCUUGCUUGUCGUCAAAAGGUGGGCAGGAGCUUCAGCCAACAAAGCAACUAUCCAGCUAUGAUAGAUUUACCUGACCACCCACCAGGAGUGCCUGGAGGCAGGCACCAUUUGAGAGAGCAGGGUGCAUUGGUGUUCUGUCAAACACCGUCCUCCUGGAGAGCUUCAGGAUCCACCCAAGCAACCAAGUUCCAGCAAGCAAAAUGAUGAUGUUGAUGAUGGUUGAUGAUCUUGAAUUUUCUCGUGGUGUUUGUUUUUGUUUAAUCAGAAGUGGUGGGUAGGGGGUGGAGGCAGGGGGUUCCUGGGUUCUUCUUCUUCCGGAGAAAAAGCCCUUUCUUUUUCUUUCUUGACUUUUUUUUUUUUCAAACUGCUGCCUCUCUUAUUAAAACAUGGAUUUUGCCCAUCUCACAAAAUGAUGAGAUGAGUGUUGCGGUCUCAGCUGCUGCUGCUGGACAAUGCUGCUUGCCCUCCUCCUCAGAGCUCUAUGCUCCUUGCAAGUUGCCUCUCCUACCCGCCCCCCCCCCCGCCGCCGCUCAGUCCCAGGGGCCACCAGCCACUCAAGCCGGGGCUGAGCUGCCUGAUAGUGGGAAUGGGAAGGGGCUUCAAGUCCUACCCUACAAAAGACACACAGGCUUCCAUUGGGGGGUGGGGUUCCCCCUGGAAAUGGCCACAGCAGAACCAGAACUUUGGCCUUCUCCUCUGCAGGGUGAGCAACACCUUAACAGGCGGCGGCGGAUUGAAGGGAAAAGCCAGGGUGGCGCCUGCCCCACCUCCCAGAGGCCAAGCCCAAGGCAUGCCUGCUGCUCUCUGCCCUGUCUGUGAGAGGGCUGACCCAGCCAGACCCAGCUGCCCUCUCAGAUGGGAGAAGAGGACUAGAGCCAGGACUCAACUAGAGCUUGACCUUCACGGGCUGUCCUCCUUCCCCGACCCCAUGGGAUGGUGUUUCCUUCACUCACACCUGAGCCGCCCUGCUGGGUCACCAGGCCAAGGCCCAUCCAGUACUUGGGAAGGGGGGCAGCUGGUGCUUCCCUUGGGGCUCCCUAGAACCGGGUGUUCAGGGGCACCCCCCCCCCAGAUCCCAAUGGAAGCAUAUAGCUGCUCCGGCUAGGAGCCGUUGGUAGCCCUGUCCUCCUUUUAAAAGCAUCUCUAUUGAUGGCCAUCACCACACCCAGCACAGCUUUUGGUCCACCAAGCUGAACAUGGUCAGGCAGCCUACCAAGGCCUCAGUGCUGCUGCCUGCCUGGGACCACAGGACUAUAAAGCUUCUGGCUGUGUCCUGCUUGGUAAGGCACAACUUGUGCAAGCCGGCCAUCUUUUACAAUCAGGUUGAUGGGGGCUUCUGUUUGCCGUGCGGGGUGGCAGAAGCUGCUGGUGAGCUCCAGGUCUUGAUGGCAGUCCUGUUGGCCUGGCCUGGUCUCCGCAGGCUCUGGCAAAGCAGCUACAGCUGCUGCUCCUGCUGCCACCGCUGCCCCCAGCCAAAGAUUUCAGGAUUUGUUCCUGGACCUCAAGCAAACCAUGGUGGGGCCCCCAACCUCCCCCGUCCCAGGAGGUCCCUGCCCUCUAAGGCAGAGUGAGUGACAUCUUCUUGAAAGGGAAGGCAGAGGCUCACAGGUGCUGCUCUGGGUUUUGCUAGCCUGACUUCUACUAAUCCAGAGAGUAAGAAGUGCUCUAAAAAACUAGGGUACCUUCUGGGGAAGAUACCUAAUUUGCAUUGCAAAUGUGAGAUGCUGAGUGCUCUUCAUCCGGCUCUUCCUCCCACUUGGGGAAGUUGUUAAAGACCAAGCGAGAGACCUCGGCUGAGUCUCAUGAUGGACCAAGUCAGCUUUGCCUUGGAUGACUUUGACUGGGACGCCUAUUACAACACUUCGGAGGAUGGUGAGGGGGACUUCUCAGGCGACUACAUGUGCUCUGAAGUGGCGGAGAGCUCCGUGCCCCUCUUCAGGAAGCUCUUGGUGUCCGGUGUCUUCCUGCUGAUCUUCCUGCUGGGCAGCCUGGGCAACCUCCUGGUGAUCGUGAUCCUCUGGCGCUACCGCCAGUUCCGCACCUCCACCGAGCUCUUCCUCUUCCACCUGGCAUUGGCCAACCUGCUGCUGGUCCUCACCUUCCCCUUUGGUGUGGUGGAGAGCAUUGCUGGCUGGGUCUUCGGCACUUUCCUCUGCAAGGUGCUCAGUGCCACCCACCGAAUAAACUUCUACAGCAGCAGCCUGCUGCUGGGCUGCAUCAGUGUGGACCGCUACCUGGCCGUGGUGUACGCCGUGCAGACCUUCCGGAAGCGCCGUGCCCUGUCCAUCCACCUGACCUGCCUGGUGGUCUGGCUCCUCUCCCUCCUGCUGACCUUGCCUGACUUGCUCUUCACUCAGGUGUGGACAGCGGCCAGCAACAUGAGCAUCUGCCACUUUGCCCCCAGCGGGGUCCAUGGCUUCAACUCCUGGGUGGCCAUGCGUUUCCUGUACCACAUUGUGGGCUUCUUCCUGCCCUUGGUGCUCAUGGGCUAUUGCUACAGCGCCAUUGUGAGGGCCCUGUGCCAGUCCCAGCGCCUGCAGCGGCAGAAGGCCGUCAAGGUGGCCAUCGUGGUCACAGGCGUCUUCCUGCUCUGCUGGAGCCCUUACCACGUGGUCAUCUUCCUGCAGACGCUCACCAAGCUGGAGGCCCGCAACGUGCUGUGUGCCGCAGAGGACUGGCUGAGCACCCCCAUCAUGGUCAGCGAGCUGAUCGGCUUCAGCCACUGCUUCCUCAACCCCAUCCUCUACGCGUUUGUGGGCACCCGGUUCCGCCACGACGCUUGCCGUGUCCUGCACGACCUGGGCUGCUUGAGCCAGUCUGCCCUGCAGGACAUUCUGGACGCUGGCAGGAUGGAGAGCAGGAGGGAGAGCAGCCUGGAGACCAACAUCUCCACCAUCCGGCAGCCGGCCUCGCCCUGCGCCGCCAUGAAUCUGCUGGCCAUCUCCUCAGACCCGCCUGCUCCCUCGGCUUCUGCCCCAGCCGCUCCCAGGCCAGAGGCCCAGCUGGGCACUGCAGGACUCGACUCCGGCCGAGGCAGAGGCGGCCUCAGCAAGGGCCCACACUCCGCAGACUGGAGCAGCACAUCUGCCGCCCGCCCGCCCGCCAGCCGGGGUCUCCUUCCUGUAGGCGAGUGACGGGUGGAAGCUCCUGGCCUCUCCGCUCUUUGACCCAGGCUCCUGCUUGCCAGGCUUCUAGGUGGAGAAGUGUCUUGCUUCUGCCUUGUCCCUUUUUGCUUAGACCUGAGAAAGCAAAUGUAACUCCAAGCCAAAGAUGCUGUCCUCACACCCGCUCUGGGCAGCCUUCUCUUCCGAUGAGGCCGCUUUUCACGUCCUCCAAGGCUGCAGCAGCAGGAGCAGCAGCAGCUGUUGAAGGGCCAGGAGCCUCUCUUGGUGUGGGAGCUGGUAACAUGCCACACCAGACACCAGCUUCUGCCGCUAGCAAAGCAGAGAACUGCGGUGGAGGAAGAGGUUCCCUCUGAGCAUGACUGCACUGCUUUUGCAAAUCACCUGAGGAGACUAUGAAAUAAAGAGAUUUUGAACCGA